UCCAUCUUUGGGCCGUUCAUUCAUCCAAAAAUCCAAAAGAAUCGGUGGACAUUUGUCUGCCUCAUUCCCUUGCAAAUCUUCCUCACACUUGAGUCUUUGAUAGCUUGUCUGGCUGCUUCAUCCCCAAAGCGCCUUCAAAACGUCAACUCAAGAUGGGCCGAAACCACAAGGAGUACGCGCCUGUGUACUCUGAUGAGAUUGCAGCUUCGAGACUCGAAGCCGUUGAGGCCACAGUUGUAACAGCAAAGAUCCGGCACACAGAAAAGCUUCGCAGAUUCGGGGUGUGGACGCUUCAUGCCGUUCUGAUUACCAUUUACACCGCAAUCUUUGCCAUAUCACUGUUACCCAACAGGUCAUUUUCGGGGGUUUUUAGUCUGGUUGAUGCGCCGCCAAAAGCUGUUGGCGAGGAAACACAUCUCGAAGUUUUCCCUAUUCAGGGCCCACCACAUGGCAAGUACACUGGUGAACCAAGACCAGAGGUAGACAAAGCAUGGAGGGACUUGCUGCAAUACAACAAUAUUCGUGUUUCCGAGGAAUGGGUUCACCGCUGGGGACGUAAGCAUGAGGCAGUUAAACUACCCGAUGGUGGGUAUCUCGGCAUGCUUAGUGUCUUUCAUGAGUUGCACUGCAUCAAACGCCUCUAUCAAACACUGUCGCCAGAUUACUAUUUCCCCAACGCAACUGAGCAAGAAAUCGCCACGAAUCGGGAGCAUAAUCAGCACUGUCUUGAGGUCCUUCGUAUGGGUGCAGCUUGCCGUGGUGACAUUUCCAUCAUCACCCACAUGUGGACCGAUAUUGACGCGAAACCCAUCGUGAACCAAACGGCGCCUCACCAGUGCAUUGACUUUAACAAAGUCAUGGACUAUUCCCGGGACAAUACAGUAGACGUAUAUCAGGAAAACUACAUUGUCCACCCGAAGUUCGGACCGUCGUUUCCCAAGGGCAAUAGCAUCAAGCCCUUUAAGGAGCAGGGAAUGGGUCACCAUCACUAAAGCUAGGAUGCUUCAUAAAGUUCCGCAUGCUCAGUCAACAUUGAAUAAGCCAGGUACAUGCAAGACGCCAGGUUGCAGGCCAUGG